AAAUCAUUCAUUGUUACCGUAACAUGUCACUUGGACUCCGGGAUGCACGUUCACAAGCUUGUAUCUCUUUCACUAUCACCAACAUUAAACAGGCAGACGGUUCAGUCCUCCGUCUGACCUAGCAUCGAUCCUUGCGGUAGUGCCAUCUACCCAUUCACUGUCAUUCGUUUAUAAUCCGACGCUCUUUACUGCCUUUCAAUAUGGAACAGAUAUCUGACUAUAACUCAGCACCUAGCUCCUUCGCCACACAAAUAUUUAGCAGCAGUGAUGUCAACCACACAACUACCGUUAUCAUCGUAGGUUCUUUGUGUCGUUGUGGGCAUGUCGAUCCUGUUCAGUCUUUUUCGAUUCCUACGUCAUCGAUUGGUCCGACGUUCCACUCCCCUACCACCUGUGCAACCUAUCGCUCAUUAUCGCAAGCAGCGGCUGACAGAAUUCGCUGAACGGCCCACCAUGUCAUCAACAUACUCCCUGUCCUCACACCAUUCUCCGUCAAUUGGAUUAUCGCCUGCCGCGAGCGAUUCUUCCUUCCUCACUGUAAAGUACAACCAGACUUUUCCUUCGCAGUCAAGUCUGUAUCUUGCAGAUAAAGGCGAUGACCAAGGCGUGCCGCCGUCUCCAGGGAACGACGACAAAGUACUGCCAACGCCAAAUCUCGCAUUUAAUCAUGCCAGGCGUUUCAGUAGCAGCUCUUCGGGUUCUGCUUCCUCUACUCCCCCCUCAGUUUCUGUUGCAUCACGUUCGCCAUCACAGGCUACGCUUACUCAUUCGUAUUCUCGUCGUACUGGUCCUGCGUCAGCAGUAUCCAGCACCUCCAUCCGAAGCAGGAGUUCUGGAAGGAGCACUAUUGUAGGUGCUCCGCAUGGACCCCUAAGUCAGGUCAGAGUCGUACUACCUGCCCCUCUCGCUCCUUCUCUGCGUCCAUAUCUUUCUGGUCCAGAAGCAGGCAGAUUAGGCGUGGAUGCCGAGACGUCAGUGCGUACAACCAUGGUCGAUAUGUGGGCACUCCCGCUUCACAGGUCGGCGAGCUCUGAUCAUAUCCGACCAAAUUCGCCCGCAAUUUCUGCUACGUACCGGCACGGCUCUUCACUCUCUAGACCUCGACAGAGGACCAACUCUUGCCAUACACCGUCAUCGUCACUUUAUUCCUCUGUGAUUGAUUCCCCUCCUGUCCCCCCGAUUCCUACCCAGUACAAGCAACUAAAUGGGAUACCUUGCGCCACACAACAUCAGCAAGACAAUCCUACGAGAGACCCUCUCAUGCUUCCACAGUCCUCUUCCGGAGGGCCAUACACCACACAGCACAAGGACCGCAUCAGGGAAACGUAAUUCACUACAGAGUGCUACAGAGCGCUCUGUAGCACUCUGUAACACAAUCCAACCCGCUGAUGCGAGAAGAGAAUCCUCGCGAGUCAUC